UAUUACUUUUAUUGCUAUUGACGCUCUCGCAUAGUUGAUGAAAACGCAGAACGCGUUGCAAUCGAAGAAGGCAGAGCUAUGCAACAAAUAAGUUAAGCGUUAUUUAAUGUGUAAGACAAAUGCCAGUGGCAGGGGAUAAUCAAAUAGAAAGCAACGGUGGCCCACAAAAUGUCAACGGAAAGCAAUACACCCGUCGAUCCGCGGGUUCAGAUCGAGCUGGAAAAACUGAACACGGCCACGGAUAAUAUAAACAAAUAUGAAGUGGAGCUCGAUGAGGCGAAAUGCGAAUUCAAGCGCCUGUUGGCAGAGAGUGUGGCACGCAUUAAGACCGCCGCGCACAAGCUGGGAAACUCCAUAGACGCCGCCAAACCCUACUAUGAGUCUCGCAUCUAUGCGGCCCAGCUGGCCAAGGAGACACAGCAGGCCGCCUCGAAUCACGAGAAGGCCAAAUCCAUACACGCCGCUGCCAAGGAAAUGGUCUACUUGGCCGAACAGGGAUUGGGCGAGAAGUCGACGCUGGACACAGCCUGCCAGGAAAUGUUGAGUCAUGCAGCCAGCAAGGUCAACCAGUCGCAGCUGGAGGUCACGGACACGCGCAACGCGCUCAAGAUGUGCCAACUAAAGCUGGAGCUUGCCAACAAUCGGGUGGGCAAGCUACAGGGGCAGCUAAAGCAAGCACUGCGCGCCUCUAGAUUGCAAUAUAAACGCAAUUUACUUUUGUUGAGAUAUUUUAGCAUUAUGCACGCUUUAUAUUGUCCCUUAUGUUCGCCGUAUUACGAGACCCGCGCCAAUUACAACGGACUGCUGAAAGCCCAAAAGCUGCGUGUCAACGAAUUGGAGGCGAAGGUGUCCGCCGCGAAGCUGACUUACAAUGAGGCGCUGAAGAAUCUGGAGCAGAUCUCUGAGGACAUACACAGGCAGCGGCAGCAGCGCAAAAAUCUCCUGAACUACGAGGCUAUGCUGCGUCAGGUGGGGACUGUGGAGGCCACGAGUAUGGAUACUAGCAGUGUGACGUCAGCGCUGGAAGCGGAAGCUGCCGUGAACGAGGAAUACCUGCGCAUGCCCGAUAACCUGAGCAGCAGCCUGGCAAUUGAUUCGCCCUCGCAUCGUACUUAUGACGUCCACGACUGUCCGCAUCUGCUGCAUGAUUUCGAUGCCGUACUGACCUUUCCGCAGAAGCUGGCCACUGGCAUGCCGAAGUCGGCGAGCGACAAUCUGUUUGGGCAGGACUUACAGGGACAGGACCUGCACGGUCCCUACGAUGUGAACGCCAAGUCGGGCAGCAGCAGUCUGUCGCAGCAAGAUGCGCCCACCACGGCUGCUGCCGACGACAACGACAUCGAGCAAUGGACGGAGAUACGGCUCUCCCAUUCGGACAGCACCAGCUCCAGCUAUUCGAAUCAAUCGCUGCUGCACGACGAACACGGGCUGGAUGGCAGGCAUGGGGGCGGCGGCGGCGCCAUGCUGGAUGCCGACGAACAGUCCCAACACUCGACUUCGUCCUCGGAUGAGCCAAAGCGCAAAGUUACCUGUACAACCAUAUUUCAGGAUGACAGCGGUGGUGGUGGUGGUGGUGGAUUUGGCCAACAAGUAAGCCGCAAACAGAGCCUCAGCCAGUGGCUAUCACGAUCGAACAGCUUUAAAAACUCGGGCCGGCGCCAGAGCUUUGAUUUGCUCAUCGACGCUGGGGAUAAGGUGAAGGAUGUGUUCAGCUACGGCUUUCAGAAGGUGGGACGUAGUCUGGAGCGUCGCAAUAGCGAAUCGGAGAUGUGCUGCGAGGGCACGGCUGUAACGCCAGAAUCGAUGAUCAGCUCCUCCUCCUCCACAAUGGGAAUGGGAAUAGGAAUGGGUUUGGGAGCGGGUACGACGUCCACAGUGAGCAGCACCAGUGCCGGCGAUUUCUUUCUCUUCAACAGAUCCUCGGAGCCGAAGGAAUUACUAUCUGAUGAGCAGGUGGAGAACCUAUUGUUGAACCAUUUGGUGGACGAGCACGGUGCUAUUAUUGUUGAAGAGCUGAAGUCGCCAAUGGCCACAACAACUGCAACAGCAAUAACUACUAAGACAACCACACAUCAUCUGCACCACAACCACGCGAAUGAAGUACAACAACAACAACAACAGCAGCAGCAGCAGGAUCAAACACAUCGUCAUCCGCUUAGCGUGGCGGGUGGAGCAACGCGUGCGCCUUUGCUGUUUUAAAGUAACGCCACUGACCAUUUCAAGAGACAUGUGCACCAUAUCCUUAAAGCCAAGCCGAUCAGCUCAUGCACCACACAAUAUAUAUACACUUAUAUAGUAUAUUUAGCAAAUAUUAGAUUGUUUGUUUAUGUCCUAACAUGUGCAAUAAUAAUGUUUACUUAGCAUGUA